AUGAGCAAUACAGCUAAUCCAUUGGCUUUUUAUCAGAGUUUAUAUUCUUGUCAAGUAGCAGCUGACAGUUGUGUAGAUGAAGCAGACGAAGCAUUAAGACAAUUACGUGAUGGUUUGUCAGAUGUUGCACGUUUUAAACAAAUUUCUGAAUUCAAUCGUCACUUCAUACUCAUUAGUGAAUCGGAAGUCAAUAACGCCAAGUCAUCAUUGGCAGCUGAUAUUGAACCACAAAUACGGAAUUUAACCACAAGAGCUGAAACCGCAUUGAAUAACCUCCUUAUACGUCAAGAUCAACUCAAACAUAAAGCUAUACGUAGGCAAGAAUUGGCAUACAACGCCAAGUCAAAUUUAAGUCCAGAGGACGCAGGCAUACUUCAAAAGUUAUCCUUACAAAAGGAAAGAUAUCAGGUUCAAAUUGCUGACGAGGAGGCACAACUUAGAGAACUUGAGGAGAAACUUCAAAAUGAAUUCUAA